AUGUCACGUCUAGCCAUCCUUGUUUUUCUUGGCACAGCGUACAUUCUUUGGGGAACGCUGCAGACGGUCAGCAUCAAGUGGGCGGAUUCACUCACGGCAACCGAUCGUUUUCAGGACUAUAGAUAUGGUUUUGCCCAUCCUUUUGUUCAGGCUCUAGUCAUGUUUGUAUCAGAGAGCCUCUCCUUGGGAGUGCUUGGUGUGCUGCUACUGGUGAAACGAUAUGUGCUCCGCCAAGCAAUCGUCAGGGGGAAGGACGUUGCUUUGCCGUGCAACCCUAUCGUCUGGAUGCUUCCUGCAGGAGCAGACUUUGUUGCGUCUAUUUUGCAGAACACGGGUCUGGUUUUAACGUAUGCCUCUGUGUACCAAAUGUUGCGUGGUGCAGUGGUGCUCUUCGUGGGAUUGUUGUCACGCAUUUGGCUGGGACGACGGUUUACACGCGUGGAGUGCGUUGGGAUGGCUUUCGUGGCUGUUGGACUCACGCUUGUUGGCCUUAGCUCCGUUUUAAGUCACUCCUCGACAGGGGCGAGUAACGCAAAUCGGAAUCCUAUUCUUGGCAACUUGCUAAUUGUAUUGGCGCAAGUGCUACAUGCCUAUCAAGGUGUUUGUGAGGAACGUCUUGUGAAGUUGUACCGCGUCCACCCACUCCAGAUGGUGGGUACAGAGGGAGUCUAUGGGGUGGGGAUGGCACUUAUGCUUUUGGCGGUUUUGCAGCUUCUGCCCUCUUCCCCAUUCCAACACAACAUUGUUGGUUCCAUCGACACUGACACUCAACUUAAUAUGGAGCACGUGCGUGUUCCAUUUGACGACGUUAUCCUGGCGUUUGAUCAGAUGUGGCAAAGUAGUUACUGCUUGCUCUCAAUGCUCUUGUACAUAUUGGGGGGCUUCUUUUACAACGCAUGUCAAAUGACAAUCAUUAAAUACUUUUCGGCUGCCGCUUGCGUCAUGGUGGGAUCCCUGCGUAACAUCACGGUAUGGGUGGUGGCUCUUUCCAUCCCCAGCAUCUUUGAUGAACACUUUAAUUUUAUACAGCUGACGGGAUUUUGUUUUCUUGUUGCAGGGAAUGUUUUGUUCCAAAAUGUCGUUCCAGAUCACUGGUGGCAUUCCUGCUGCCCAGUUGUGCUAGGCACGCGUGGCGGGCAAGCUGAAGGCGAAGGUGCAUAG